AUUAGAGUUCUUAUUUUUCUCGCCAAGGGGAACUCUCGAUCGUCAAAACCAAAGCCAAACAGAGAUUUCUUUGAGGUUUUUUUUUUUCUCGGGAAAAUGUCGGCGGGGCUUGGAAAAUGCAGCAAAAUCCGCCACAUUGUCAGGCUUAGGCAAAUGCUGCGGCGGUGGAGGAACAAGGCUCGGAUGUCAGCGGGCCGCAUCCCGUCCGAUGUGCCGGAGGGACACGUGGCGAUCUGUGUGGGGACGAGUUGCAGGAGAUUCGUUGUGCGCGCGACGUACCUAAACCAUCCCGUCUCAAGAAACUGCUUGUGCAAGCAGAGGAGGGUACGGCUUUACCAACCAAGGCCAUUGGCAAUCCCCUGCGACGAGUCCGUUUUCGAGGAAGUGAUCCGUUAUUUCCCGUCGGAGUCGGGUCACUCGGCAAGGUUUGUGAACUUCGAGGACUUUAAAGGGAACUGCCACGUGGGAAUCAGGAGUCAGCUCGAUUUGUUGACCGAAUCUCGACCGUUACUUCAUGGGUUCGCAGGGAAAACAAUCUGGAAUUAAAGACGCAGUGGGAAAA